GUAAACAAACGGCUAACGUUAAAAAAUGCUAAUCGAAUGGUGAAUUAAUUCUAGACUUUUUUUUAAUGUAUUUUCAGUUACAUAAAUGUCUUCAACUGCAUUAAGACCUACACCGAUGGGUUCAGAAGCAGUAACAAUAAAUUUUGAAGAAAAAUCACUGAAAUCAAAUAUAAAUAAUAAAAGCAAGGUGGCGAAUAUGCAUUAUAUUAAAGAGAAUGGAUCUUAUUGUGAAAACUUUAAUAAUACGAGCUAUCCUAACUUUGAAAAAUGGAAAGAUAACUUUCAGGUUCUUUUAGAAGAUGAAGAGGGAAUGAGAACGUUUUAUGAAUUUUUAGGAACUGAUCAGAUAUCUGUAAUAUUUGAUUGUUGGUAUUCGUGUAAAACGUAUCGUAAGCGACUUCCAAAUAAAGCUGCCGCAAAAGAGGUAUAUUCUCGUUUCGUGCGUAUUAAAGAUUCUAGAGUGCCAAUUUCCGAUCAAGCUCGAAAUAAUCUCGCACUUCGAUUACGCGCUAACGAUAUUACUGAGACUUUAUUACUUGAAAUCGAACAAGAAAUUUUUGCAAAUCUUCGAGAUGUUUGUUAUCCAAAGUUUUUAAAAUCAGACUUUUUUACAUUUUACUGUGAAACAAACGGACAAGUAGCACACAUCCCUAGUGAAUUUCAUCGAUUAAAUCAAGGAGUUAUAAGCAAGAUGCAACACAAUUUACCAACACUUACUGAAGAUUAUGCGGACAUUUAUCAUACUCAGGCAAGUGAAUCUGGUGAAGACUUUCAUCAUCACUGCAAUGAUUAUGUUCCUGAAAUGCCUACUUUUCAAUCGCGUACACAACGCAUGGACUCAAUGAAGCAACUAGCACCAGAACAAUUUGCUAAAUUACUUACUGAAAAACUAGAAAGGCUUUUACUUGAUAGAGAAGCUGAAAAUUUUACAGAUCCUCAAUUAUUAAAUCAAAAUGUGUUAUCAUCACAUGGUUUACCAAUACAACGUAGUUACAAACCAGCAUUAAGUGAUGUAGAUUCUCAAUCAUGGGUAAUGCCACCAGCAUCUGUUAGGUAUAGUGUUGCUGGAGCUUCAUCAACAAGUGGCUCAUGUGUUAAUAUUGAGCAGUAUCCAAAGUAUCGAAACCUUGCCAAAGAUUUUUUAAAUGCAGUUCAUCAUGGUAUAAGAAAUCACCUUGGAGAAUGUCAGUGUAUAUCCUGUCAAGAUUGUUCUCGAAAUUCACAUCAUUAUAUUCAAGAAAGUUAUUUUGAUUCUCAAGAACUUAUAAAAAAUGAAAUUUUCAGCAAAAGCAACUUUGAUCAAUCCCAAUUGUUUAAUAAACUAGAGUAUAAUACACAUAAUGCAUUUAUUCAACCAGCAGAACCUCCACCAUUAGUAGAUACUAGUAAAAUAUAUGCCUGGAUGGAAAAAAAUGAAAGACAAGAAAAGCAAAAUAAUUAUGUUGCUCCAUCUCCUAUUGUAAGGCAUAAAAAGCUGCAAAAUGUUCCAGAAGCUCCAAUUGCUCAAGAUCAUAAUAUGCCUUUAUUACCUCAACCAGAUACAGGAACUGUAUUAACAGAAGUCAAAAGAGUACUAGAGGAACCAAAAUCUACAAGACGAUCAUUAAGAUCACAUCAGCAACGACCAUCAAAUCAUGUUGGUGAUCACAUGUCUGCCUACAGCGAUCCAUCAUAUGAUCAGCGUCAUCGUCAUGUUGGAAACGCUUGGUCUUCGUUUUCUGAUACAAAUUCAGUUGUUUCCUAUAAUCCUUCUCAGAUAUCCAGUGUCCCUUCAUGUGCAUCGCGUUUAUGGAAUCAAUAUGGUUAUUAUGAACCUAAAAACGAGCUUUUAUAUCGUGGCCGCCAUCUUUCAGAACAAGACGGUAUGAAGCGGAAUGAAAAUUCUGUUAAUCAUCGUGAUCGCCAUAGUGAUAGAGACUUAAAAAGUACAAGGCGGUCGGAUGUUCACAGUGAUGUUAGUCAUCCAUUAAGUGAAACUCGUAGUGAAAGAACGCACGGCAGUGGAAACAGUAAAAGGACUUCAAAAAAUUCUACAACUAUUACCUAUUAUUUUGACACUGAACCAAUUCCCUAUCGUAUAACUAUCCCUUCUAGUGAAGUCACACUGGGACAAUUUAAAGCUGAAACAAAACGUGGAAAUUUUCGCUAUUUUUUUAAAACAAUAUCUGCAGAAGAUGGGGAAAUAGUAAAUGAGGAGCUGCGGUCUGACGAUGAGUAUUUGCCAAGGUAUAAAAACAAAAUUAUCGGUAAAAUCGAGAAAGUGGAAUAAUUUUUUUUAAAAUGUUAACUUCAUUUAUUUCCUUUCUCUUUCUGUACUAUCUAUCCAGAAAAUUUUUCCUCUAAAUUUUUAAGAUAGUUUCAAAAUUUAAA